AUGGGGAACAUAAGCAAGGCCCAACCCCACCAACACAUCAAAGCCCGAUCGUUGCCACUCCCUCCAAAGCCACCUGGUCCACUGCCAUCAGCGCCGCCGAUCAACUUCCGUUUCGCGCAUUAUGAUCCUGCGCCGCCACGCCAACCGUAUCCACCGCAAUCACCAAGCUACCCACCCACCUCACAUCCGCCACAGGGUCCGCCACAACCGUCAUACCAACCACCAUACGGUGGUGCUCCAUCCUACCAAGGCGGUUACAUACCACCUCCAGGAUCUUUCCAAGCACCACCGCCACCGCCUUCCUCCAUGGCCCCAUACCAACCACUCAAGAUCCACCAGUACGGCGGUCAACCAAUACUCCCCGCAAACAUGGCACCACCCCCACAUAGUGGACCACCGCCUCUACCCUUCAUCGGCCAAUCUGGGCCACCACAACAACAAGGGCCUCCUCAGCACCAACAACAACAGCAGCAGCAGCAGCAGCAACAGGCCUACUCUCCAACGCAUCCCCAUCCCCCACCGAUGCAAUACGAGCAACGCGAAGCGCACUCUCAGAGUAACGGUGAACGGUCUUCAGAUUCACAAUCAAGACCUAGACGGCAGUACAGAAGCUAUCACGCCCCCGGCACGCAAUUCCGAAGCUACCAAGGUCCCGGAGAACAGCGGAGGAGAGGCGGCUGA